AUGAUAUUGGACGAUUCCCUUGAAAAACCUCCUGAAUGGUUUAUAACUUACUCCGCUGCAUUUUUUUAUUCUACCGCGUCAAUUUUCUUGAUACUCUUCCCAUUUUAUGCGUACGUAUUCAAAAUUAAUCGAACACAGGAUGAAGCGGACGUUACUGUUUCCGACAGUGAAUCAUUUUUAUCAAGUGACAAGGAACAUUUACUUUAUGUUCCUGUCAACAAUAUUCUUCGCGUUCUUUGUCAUCAGCUUUUCUCGAGUCUACAUAAUUUUUGCAAUUCGCGCCAUGUUAUAUGUUCUCUACAUAACUACGCAAGUGUUCUCCUUUUUGACUUUCUUACUGUCGCUCCAACGAUUGAUACUAUAUUUUUCUCCAGCAAGUGAGAAAUAUGUAAUAAAAGUUCAGAAGAACUUACGUUUUUGGAUUUUAUAUGCCAUUUAUGUUGUCAAGGACCUUCCAAUUGCAAUGGUAGAAGUCUUUGAAAUAAGUAUUCAAGAAACUUAUAUUAUCUUUUUAAUAACUUUUAAUCUAUUUUCUGUACUUUCGGCAAUACUACAUAUUCCAAUGUACUUGAGCGUAAAGAAGCUGGCCCAUUUAGCAUCAGUUAAGAGUAAUACACCUCAGAGGUUCAUUAUCUGGCAAACAAUGACUGUUAUUUAUAUUCCAAUUUUUAUUGCGUUUUUAUUGGGUGAAAUUAGUUUAUUGUAUAUGAUUGUUGCUACAACAGUUAUUGAUAUAAUGGUGAAUCCCUUGAUAGUUGGAAUAUCUUAUAUUGGAUGCAACAAGCGGAACAUGAAAACUUUGUUCACGGCGCUCAGUUUCAGGAAGUUUGUCAGAGUAUUGUUUAAUGUAAACGAAGAAGUUGGUGUUGAAUCGCAGCGGUUCUAA